AACACACAACUAAACGGUAUUAAAAAUUAGUAUUAAACAAACUUUCGAACAUUGUUGCCUCCAAAAAGAAAGAAAUAUGUCUGUAUUUGGUAAAGAAUUUGAAAAAGAUUGGCCUUUAAGUGAAAAAACAAUAAAGUUAACAAAAUUUUCGCAAGAACUUUUACAGAAAUGUUUAAAAAUAGAAAAACCGAAUAAAAAAGAAAUAAAUAUAGAAGAAUUUAUACAAAAAUCCAAUAAAUUUCCUUUAAAGUUCCCUAUCGAUAGCUGUCGUGUUAAAUCUCAACCUGUGGAACGUCAUGCUGAUAUACAACAACAAAUUGCUUGGGCAUAUCCACUGAUACACGAGAAAGUAUUAUUUUUGAUUUUAGACUUUUUGGAGCAUAAAUUAAAGUAUGGCACCACCCGAGAAAAACAACUUUAUGCCAAUAUGGGACCCACUGAAUUUGUUCAACGAUUACUGAGCAAACGCUGCGCCAGUUUUGUGGGAUUUUUUGAUAGUUAUAUACUUAUCUCAGGAGAAACUGGUUGCGGUGAGAAAUAUCUAAAAGUUGGCACAGACGAAGAAGAAGCGCCCUUAACACUGGCCAAUGUUUUAAGUUAUGAUGAGAUUAAGAUUUCAGCCCUUUUAAGCGUUACCUCUCACACGGAAUUCAUUAACGAUGGCGCUCGAGCUAAUUGUGGUAAAAUAGAAGAAGAUUUAAACAAAAUCGAGCCGAGUGGUGUAAUAGUGGGUCUUAUAGGGGCACGUUUUGUGCGACCCAAUAGAAUGGAAAGUGAGGAUAUAAAAAUAGUCAAAACUCAAAAUACUUUUGAAAACGGUUAUGGAGCAGAUACCAAAAAUGGUAACGCUAAGGGUCUAUGGCAAUAUUUAUUCCCAAGCAAACCUUUAACGCCACAAAUAGAAAAAUUACAGGAUUAUAGACUAGUAUGGAAUAAAUUCUAUGAGGAAACAGAUUUUCUAUACCAAAAGGUGUCGGUGGAUAAUAAACGUUUUGAGAAAACUCUCAAAUCGAAAGCUAUUUUUGAUAAUUUAAAAAUGAAAAAACGUUUUGCUAUUUCUUUCGACACUUUACUCUUAGAGGCCCAACAGAGGGCCUUGAGAAGCAACAAAUACGCCUAUAUACAUGUAGUGGGUAUAGGUUUGGGUGUUUGGUUGGAAACCGGUCAACAGGAAAAAGUUUUUAUGGAGAGUUUCCAGCAACGUUUAAAGUAUUUAUUGCCUCAGCUUAAUAAUAUAGGAGUAGUGCACUUGUCUUGGUUCCAUUUAAACGAAUGGGGUGAUUUGAAAAAUGAGGCUUUAUUUAAAUCCGACAAACAUCCGAGAGGGGGCAUUAAGAUUUUAAUGUCGAAAAGAAAUCCUAAUGAUAAAUUGUUACCGCCCUAUGACAAUAUGCUGCCAGUGGUUUCAUAUGCCUGGGAUGGUAAUGCCUUACCGGGUAAUGAGUUUUGGAAGCACUGUUUGGCAUCUUCUAAUGAUCCAUCUACGGCCUGUAGUACCUUAAUAUCGGAACUUUUUAAUCCCCAUAUUAAUACGGAAUAUGUUAAUGGCAAUAACCUACAUAUAGCAUCACUUCAGCAUGGGGUAAUACAUAUAAAAGAUUAUGUAGAGCAAAUACUAAAGGAUCAAGUAAUAUCUGAGGAUGAAUGAUAUUACUCAUAAUCUAAAAUUUGUAAUAAUUAUAUUUUUAAUAAAAACAAAAUGAACUUAAUAUAA